AAAGUAAAAAAAGGGAGCAAUACAGUAACGGAUCAUCCCCUCCCAAUUCCAUGCCCUAGUCAAAUUUUCCGUUUGCCUUUGUUUUUCAGUGAGGCUCUCUGCCAUCAUCGCCGUUCUCAUCUGAAGCAUGUACAUUUCGAACACAUACAAACCCUUUCUCCACCCAAAUCGCAUUAUCGCAUUCACAACAACAUGCCAAACACUGAAAUUUCACCCUCUUCUUAAUCUCCAUCUUUACUCACCAACACCAACACCUUCAUCCCUAUCCCUCAGAUUCAAAUUCACCACCACUUCCGACCCACACUCUUUCACCGUCUCUUAUCUCGUCAACAGCUGUGGCUUCUCCCCAGAAUCUGCUCUCACAGUUUCCCAAAAGUUCCGUCUCAACAAUCCCCAAAAACCCGAUUCAGUUCUCGCCUUCUUCCGUAACCGUGGCUUCUCCAAUUCUCAGAUACACGGCAUUAUCAAACGUCAGCUUCCGCUUCUUCUGUCUGACCCCGACAAGGUUCUCUUGCCAAAGUUUGAAUUUUUAGCCUCAAAAGGUGUUUCUAGAGCCGACAUUGUUCGCAUGGUUAGCAUCGGUCCAAGAUUCCUCUCCAGAAGCUUGGAGAAUCAUAUAGUUCCAUCGUAUGAAUUUGUAAGAGGGUUUCUUCAAUCUGAUGAUCAACUCAUUGCUUGUAUGAAUCGUAAUUCUUCUUUUUUGUCUGAUGGUCGUUUUGCACUUAACUCCGAAUUGUUGAUUGAUAAUGGAGUUAAACGUUCAGACAUUGCUAAGUUGCUUCGUCGUUGGCCUAGUAUUUUAUGCUCUGCUAAUUUGUUAAAGACUAUUACUGAAUUGAAGGGAAUGGGUUUUGUUCCCUCAACUUCUUCUUUCUGUGUGGCUUUGCUUGCAAAAAGGACUGUGAAUAAAGCCAAGUGGGAUGAGAAAGUUGAAACCUUUAAGAAGUGGGGAUGGUCGCAGGAACAUGUUCUUGAAGCGUUUAAGAGACAGCCUUAUUGUAUGUUGUCAUCAGCUGAUAAAAUUAAUGCAGUGAUGAGUUAUUUUGUUAGUCAGUUAGGUUGUGAUUCCUUGGAACUUGUUAGAUCUCCUGUGGUUUUUCAGUUGAGUCUCCAGAAGAGGCUUAUUCCAAGGGCUUCGGUGGUGGAUUACCUUAACUCCAAAGGUCUGCGGAAAAAGGAUGCUAGCAUGACUACACCGUUUGCCCUCCCUGAGAAAUUGUUCCUCAAAAGGUUUGUGAAACGUUUCAAGGAGCAUUCUUCUCAUUUGUUAAAGAUGUACGAGAAAAAUAUGAACAGGGAGAACACUUGCUUAUAGCAUUUGCCAAGUACGUGAGUUCUUAUCUUUGUUUUGUCAAUCCCUUGAGAUGAAUCAUGUCUAUGUCUACCAAAAGUCAGACUAACAAUCAUGCCAGCUUUUUUACAUCAUUUCUUAUUUCCCAGGAGUUUUCUAAAUCUUGAAAUUUGUUAUAUGUUUUCCUACAGAAGUUAGUUGAAGAAAAAAAGAAGGGAGAUAUUGGAAUUGGAUGUGCAAUAUCCCUGGAGAAUACAUUAUUGUUUAAAGGAGUCUGACAUACAUUAGUAUUAAGAUGUUAUUGUGUAGAUUACCCAUUUUAGCCUAAACUGGAAGUUGCAUGUUACCUGCGGAGAGAUGUAUGAAAUUGUUUGCCUUGUCUGUCGAAGUCCAGCGUCCAAUGUUCCUACCUUUGAGAUGAAAAAAACAGCUUCAUAAAGCAGGUAAAACAGCUUGGAUGUGGGUAUUUCAGGUGAAAAAAAUAGAGCAUUCGACAAAGUUAAGGCAAAUAAGUGUUGACUUGAAAGAUUAUUUGUUGAAUCAAUUGCUUUCUGAUAUUUAUUUCUGCAUAUAGACUGCUGUUCUUGGUCAAAUUCUGUCUUCUUUAUGGGGAGAAUGAUAUUCUUGUCACCCCUCUAGCAGGUUCUUCUGUGUGAUUUAUUUAAUAAAGAUUGCUGCUUAUUUCGUUAUAUCAUAUUCACCCUUCCCCGGAAGAGUGUUUAGCAUAGAGUUCCAGGUUUUGUUAAAUGUUCGGUUGAAGUGAAAUAAGCUGACACGAAAGAAGCUCUUUGUCUACUGAGACAAAACACCCAGUCCUCCUAAAACAGAUAUGAAACUUUUCCGACUAGCUGUUUUUAUUUCGUAGUAGGUGACUGUUUUCUGUUUGGUUUAUUGUAAAUCGAGGACGACUAAAUAGUAGGAUGUAUUUUUAAAUUGCAUGGUUCAAUGUUCAUAGCAGAAAUCAGAGCUUUU